AGAGUUGCAAAGUUCCGUGGGGGGGUCGGGUCGCGUUUGACAAUCUCAUGCGUGAUCCGCCAUUAAGCAAAUUGCCAAGGUCAGAGAGCAGGCCAGACGCGAUUAUGGAAACCAGCAACCAGCCACCUGGUAGACGAUCAUCAGCCUUUCAAAAGAAACCUCAAUCGACGUCUGGCGUUGCCCAUCGGAACUUUUGCGCUUAUUAGACAGGAUACCUAACCUGCCUGGGUAGGGAGACGAACGACCCUGGAGAUAUUAUCUGAUGGAAAAGGAAGGACAUGUACGUUCAAUCAUUGCGACCCUUCCCACCUGCCCUAGAGCAGGGAAGCACCGCACCCAAGAUUGUUCGCAUUAUUUUUCUCUCCGUUCUCUUCGAGUGUGAUUUCGAUUCUCCUGGGCACAGCACGAAUGCGCGCCUCGAAUCAAAAAUAUCAAACCUCGAAUGGACGUGAUUUAUUUGCGUUGUUCAUGAGGAGAGAAGGAGAGAGAAAGUCCAAAGUGUAAUUCUCGCGCGCAAGAAUUUUAUGGUGCGGAGAGAGUCGUAAUUGGGUGCCUGACAGUUAAGGCAAGAAUUCAAGCUUUUUCUGCAAGCUACCCUACCACGUUAUCUGGUCCCUGAAACUGGUCCCGUCUGAUGGCUCCAUCUGAAUUCACGUGCCCGCCUUGUCCCGCAAUUGACAGACCAAGGGCCCGACGUCACCCGUUGAAGAUACCGGCUCUUGAAUACCGUCCACCACCGAAAGUCGAAGCAAUUGUCCAUUUUAACAUCGCAUUAAACCCAUGAAGCAGCAAAGCAAGCCGCCAUGAACAACCUACAAACACUCCCCCGAUUCCUUCUCCCCCGUCUGAGCUGGCAGACCCCAGCCACUGCAAGCGACUGUACAUUCCGCCCGGCAAGCCUCUUGCUGCGCCCAUCAAAAAGGCCUCAUAUCCAGGAGCGGAGGGAGCCGCAGCAGCAAUCUUGGGCAGGUCCCAAACGACUAUUUCACACUCACAAUGAAGGGCAAAGGGCGCAUGCUAUCGGCUUCCAGAGCCACCGAUUGGCGAGGCAGCCAACGGCUUCACCCAAGCCUAGAAUCCCAAGCAGCAGGAGAGCAUUCCAUGCCUCGCCGCCCCGCCGGAAGGAUCAUCACUUUGAUACCCUGAAGCUGGUCCAGCGGCUGCAGAGUGAGGGCUUCACCGAGACGCAGGCAGAAGCCAUGAUGAAGAUCUUGAACGAUGUAAUAGAGGAGAGCAUACAAAAUCUCACCCGCACAAUGGUCCCGCGCGAGGACGCCGCCAAGGCCACGUACACGCAAAAGGUCGACUUUGCCAAGCUCCGCAGCGAGCUGCUGUCGACGGACAACACCGAGACCAACACGACUCGCGCCGCGCAUGAGCGCCUGACUAACGACAUUGCCAAGCUCAGCAGCCGGCUGCGCGACGAGAUUGGCCGCACUCAGGCCAGCGUUCGCCUGGACCUGAACCUGGAGAAGGGCCGCAUCCGCGAGGAGGCCGUGUCGCAGGAACUCAAGAUCAAGGAGACCGAGACCAAGAUCGAGCAGGAGGCCGCCGCCCUGAGGCAGCAGCUCGAGCAGGUCAAGUUCCAGACCCUGCAGUGGCUCAUGGGGCUUUGCACCGGAUUUGCUGCGCUCAUGUUGGGUCUGUGGCGUUUGUUGAUGUGAACGGGUGUCAAUGCAGGACAUUGUACUUUUCUAUGUCUUUUUGGCUUGCUAUCCGAAGCUUCGUUUCUUCAUUUCUUUUUGCAUAUCACAGUUGGUACAUAGAAUAUUAGAGAUAUAGCCAUGUUUUCCUUGAUUCAUGGCACGAGAUGGUGGGAUUUACUUACAGGUCUCCACGGUCAGUAGAUGACUUGCUUCAACGUGGUCAUCUCGGCAUUCAAUAAAUUUCAUUUGUUGAUUCUUCUACUGUUAGUGAGCCUUAGGUCUUCCUGGCGCAGUGUCAUGUUAAAAUGUAUUAUGCAGGGUUCACGAGUGAGCACAAAAAAGGAGAGAAAAAAAGAGAAAAAGCGAAGUCUUGUGGAUAUCAACUGGAACUUGUUUUCUAUUCUAAUUAAUAUUAUCGUGUCCUAGUUCUGUCCAGGUUCAUCUAGAUUCUAGUCUUGUGCCUAAUCAUAACUUUACUCGGAAACAAAAAAAAGACAUUAGCCA